AUGGAGGAGAACGGCACAGAGGAAGCGAAGCUAUUGAUGCUGAAAAUUGCGGCGAUACUCGACGAGGCUCGAACCUCAUACGCCACGCACAACCGAAAGCUCAAGGAACUGUCACUCCUCCGAUCCAAGUCCUCUUCACUUUCUCAUUUUUUCUCCGCCUUCUCCAAAACCCUAACUCCUCUCUUCGACUUCCAGAGGCGCCUCGCCUCCGCCGACCGCGUCGUCUCAUUUGUCUCCGCCUUCGCCUCUGCUGCCUCCGACGAGUUCCUCGACCACUUCCUCAAGUUCCUCCUUGCUGCCGCCACGGCAUCCAACAAAACGGCCAGAUUCCGAGCCUGCCAGAUAGUCUCCGAGAUUAUAUUGCGGCUUCCAGAUGACGCAGAAGUGAGCAAUGAGCUAUGGGAUGAGGUGAUAGAGUGGAUGAUGGUGAGGGUACGAGACAAGAUCCCUGUGGUGCGUACUUUUGCGGUUAGAGCGCUUUCACGCUUUGUGAAUGACUCUGUUAAUAGUGACAUCCUUGAUCUGUUACUCGAGGUGCUUCCUUUGGAACAGAAUGCGGAUGUUCGGAAGAUGAUUAUGCUAUCUUUGCCACCUUCUACGGCAACCUCUCAAGUUAUCAUUGAUUGUACCUUGGAUGUGAGUGAAACUGUACGCAAAGCAGCAUACUGUGUUCUAGCUAAUAAAUUUCCUCUUCAAAGCUUAAGCAUUAAACUCAGGACAGUAAUCCUUCGGAGAGGACUUGCUGACCGAUCUGUUGCUGUCUCAAGGGAAUGUUUUAAACUAUUGAAAGAUGAAUGGCUUGCGAAGUGUUGUAAUGGUGAUCCUUUAAAACUACUGAAAUAUCUUGAUGUUGAAACUUAUGAAUCAGUUAGUGAGUCUGUCAUGGAGGCCCUUCUUAAAGCUGGUUUAGUAAAAAUACAAAAUGGUGCAAGUAUCCAGCAGUGCAUAUCGUCAAAUGGUGACAGGAUAGAAGGAGACUCGGUUUAUUGCCCACCAAGCAUUCAGCUGAUGGAAGCAGAGGCUGCUCUUUAUUGGAGGACUGUUUGCCAGCAUUUACAGUCAGAAGCGCACGCAAAAGGUUCUGAUGCUGCAGCAACAACGGGCACUGAAGCAGAAGUAUAUGCAGCAGAAGCAUCAGAUAAAAAUGACCUUCUUGAAAAAAUUCUUCCCACUACAGUUAGUGAAUAUAUUGAAUUGGUCAGAGCUCAUACAAAUGCCGGAUCAAACCAUCGCUUUGCUAGUCGGCAAUUGCUUUUGCUCGGUGCAAUGUUUGAUUUUUCCGAUGCUUCAAAUAGAAAGGCUGCUGGUGCAUUUCUGCAUGAGCUUAUAUGCAAGUUUCCUGAGCAUGAGGAUGAUGAUGAAGGGAAUAUAGUUGUUCUUGGAGAUGGAUUAAGUUUUGGUGGAGACAAUGAUUGGGCUGAAGCUGUAGCCAGUUUCGCAAGGAAAGUCCAUGCUGCUCCUGGUGAAUUUGAAGAGGUUGUUCUUGCAAUCAUUGAAGAGCUCGCCCAACCUUGCAAGGAAAGAACAGCAAAUCAUGUGCAGUGGAUGCACACUCUCUCUCUAACUGGCCUUUUGCUAAAAAAUGCAAAAUCACUACGAGUACUUCGGGGCAAGGCUAUUGAACCAGAUGAGCUACUCCAAACCUUACUACUUCCUGGGACGAAACAAUCUCACUUGGAUGUGCAAAGGAUUGCAGUCAGAUGCCUUGGCCUUUUUGGCCUUUUGGAAAGGAAACCAAGUGCAGAGCUUUUGAAACAGUUGAGGAUUUCAUACAUUAAGGGGCCACAUUCAAUCAGUAUAGAGGCUUGUAAGGCAUUAAUUGAUCUUGUGAUGUGGUAUGGUCCUCACGAAGUUGACAAGGUGUUAGAGCUCAAUAUUCCAGGCCUAAACAGUGAGAAAACGACCUUUUGUCCUGUGAACUUCUCUGAUUCAGAGGAGGUUUUAGAUGUUGAGACGCUUGAUAUCUUAUAUGGAGGCUUUGAAAUUGAUGAUUGGGCGAGUCCUUUACCUACCAACGAAGAUGAGUGCGUGCAUGCUAUACUUGGAGAAGGGUUUGCGAAGAUUCUUCUCCUUAGUGACAAUUAUCCAAGUUUACCGGUCUCCUUGCAUCCUGUUAUUUUAUCAAAGCUCCUUUACUUGCAUUUCAGUGACGUGUCGGAACACUUGCACAGGUGA